AUGAAUUCAGAUCUUGACGGCCGAGUCCUGGUUGUAGCAAAUCGGCUACCUAUUACUACAACGGUCCACGAUGAUGGCACCAUUGAUUACAGCAUGGCUACUGGAGGCUUGGUAUCCGGACUGAGAAGUCUGGCCAAGGCCGUGGAUUUCAAAUGGUUCGGCUGGCCGGGUGUUGACAUCCAUCGUAACGACAAGGACGGCGUCAGGCAGGAGCUGCGUGAUCAGUUCAACGCCGUGCCGAUUUUCCUCACCGAGAACCUUGCACAGAGGCAUUACAAUGGAUUCUGCAACUCUGUCCUGUGGCCUCUCAUGCACCGAAUGCCCGACAAAGUCAGCUCAGACUUUGAGGACGCCUGGGCCACCGCUUAUCGAGAAGUGAACGAGAUAUUCGCGGACAACAUUGUCCCUUUGGUGGAAGAUGGAGACUUGAUUUGGAUACACGAUUACCACCUCCUGCUCCUUCCUGGGAUCUUACGAGAUCGCUUGCACAAAAAGAAGGGCCUGAGGAUUGGGUUCUUUCUCCACACACCGUUCCCCAGCGAGGAUUACUUCACCAUCCUGCCGUUCCGGGAGAGCAUUUGUCGUAGUCUGCUUCUCUGUGAUGUGGUGGGAUUUCAUACCGAUCAAUAUGCCAGAGAUUUUUUGGACAGUGCAAGAAUCGUCCUUGAGGGCGUCUCCAAUUCGUUGAGCGAUUUACACUGGAACGGUCGGAGAGUCGUCGUCCACGGAUUUCCCAUUGGAAUCGAACCGCAAGACUUCAAGCAGCGGAUACGUACGGGGGCGGUGCAGCGAGAGAUUGGGAAGCUCGAAGGUGAAUUUCGCGACCAGAAGAUACUUGUCGGGGUCGAUCGCUUGGACUACAUCAAGGGCAUCUCGCUGAAGCUGAAAGCCUUUGACCGAUUCCUGACAGAUCAUCCAGAGUGGGUGGGCAAGGUGACCAUGAUUCAGUUGGCCAUACCGACGCGAGCGGAGGUCGUCACGUACCAAAAGUUGAGAGAAGAAGUCGAACGGCUCAUUGGCCAUGUCAACGGGAAGCACGGAACCUUCUCCCACACCCCGAUUCACUACCUCUACAGAUCCGUGUCGCCAGAACAACUGUGCGCCUUGUAUGCCGCUUCGGACGUGUGCAUCAUCGCCUCGGUCCGCGAUGGGUUGAACAUGGUGAGUUACGAAUACGCCGCUUGCCAGGAGCAACGGAAGGGGGUGUUGAUGAUGUCGCACUACGCGGGUGCCGUUAAGACGCUGCCCGAGUGCGUGGUCUUCAACCCAUGGGAUACACCUCGGUUCGCGGAAAGGAUCAAUCAAGUGUUGAACAUGCCGAUGGAAGAGCGCGAGAGACGACAUGGCGAGAUCAUCAAAGUGGUGGAUAAAUGGACAAGUGUCAAUUGGGGCACCUCGUUCCUGAAUACCAUGAUCACCAUGGAAAUUCCACCAGAAGAUGCUCUCCCAGACCAAGACGCCGGUCCCCAACUCGGAUGUGACGGACAUCGAAGCUAA